AUGGCGGGUCCCGAGCAAUCCCAGCAGCAGGUGGAGGAGAAGGCCGAGCAGCUAGAUGAUGCCGAGAUGGCCCUGCAGGGCAUUAACAUGCUGCUCAACAACGGCUUCAAGGAGAGCGACGAGCUCUUCAGGAGAUACAGGACCCACAGCCCGCUGAUGAGCUUCGGGGCCAGUUUCGUCAGUUUCCUGAACGCCAUGAUGACAUUUGAGGAGGAGAAGAUGCAGACGGCCUGUGACGACCUGAGGACCACCGAGAAGCUGUGUGAGAGCGACAGCGCCGGAGUCAUAGAGACCAUCAGAAACAAGAUAAAGAAAAGUAUGGACUCCCAAAGGUCAGGCGUUGUGGUCGUGGACCGCCUACAGAGGCAGAUUAUUGUUGCCGACUGUCAGGUGUACCUCGCCGUGCUCUCCUUCGUCAAGCAGGAGCUUUCAGCUUACAUCAAAGGAGGCUGGAUCCUACGUAAGGCGUGGAAAAUGUACAACAAGUGCUACAGUGACAUCAGCCAGCUGCAGGAGGCGUGCCAGCGGCGGCCCUCGGCCCACCAGGAGUCCCUCUCGACGGACAACGCCAACCACAACGUGCCGGUGGAGAACUGCGUGACGGCCGAGGCCCUGGACCGGCUCAAGGGCUCCGUCAGCUUUGGCUACGGCCUCUUCCACCUCUGCAUCUCUAUGGUGCCUCCACACCUGCUCAAGAUCAUCAACCUGCUGGGUUUCCCCGGCGACCGUCUCCAGGGCCUGUCCUCCCUCAUGUAUGCGAGCGAAAGCAAGGACAUGAAGGCCCCCCUGGCUACGUUGGCCCUCUUGUGGUACCACACAGUAGUGCUGCCUUUCUUUGCUCUGGACGGCUCCAAUACACACGAGGGGCUGCUGGAAGCCAAAGCUAUUCUGCAGAGGAAGUCAGUGGUUUACCCCAACUCAUCCCUCUUCAUAUUCUUCAAAGGACGGGUUCACAGGCUAGAGUGCCAAAUCAACAGUGCUUUGGCCUGUUUCCAUGACGCGUUAGAGCUCGCGUCAGACCAAAGGGAGAUCCAGCACGUGUGCCUCUAUGAGAUUGGUUGGUGUAGCAUGAUCGAGAUGAGUUUUGAAGACGCAUACCGGUCGUUCGAAAGGCUGAAGACUGAGUCGCGUUGGUCGCAGUGCUACUACGCCUACUUGACCGGAGUGUGUCAGGGUGCUUCGGGCGACAUAGACGCAGCAAGCAGGGUUUUCAAAGAGGUGCAGAAGCUGUUCAAGAGGAAAAACAACCAGAUAGAGCAGUUCGCUGUAAAAAGGGCUGAAAGAUUGAGAAAGAUCUCGCCCACCAGAGAGCUAUGCAUCCUUGGUGUAAUUGAAGUGCUGUAUCUGUGGAAGGCGCUUCCGAACUGCUCCUCGUCCAAACUGCAGAUAAUGAAUCAGGUGUUACAAAGUCUAGAUGAGGCUUUGUGCAGAGGCCUGAAACACCUCCUCCUUGGUGCCAUUCACAAAUGUCAUGGGAAUAUGAGGGAUGCCAUUCAGUCCUUCCAGCUGGCAGCUAGAGAUGAGUACGGACGGCAGAUCAACUCAUACGUUCAGCCGUAUGCCGUCUACGAGCUCGGAUGUAUAAUCCUCUCAAAACCGGAGACUGUGGGAAAGGGGAGAUCAUUGCUACUUCAAGCCAAGGAGGAUUUUACAGGCUACGACUUCGAGAACAGGCUCCAUGUCCGCAUCCAUUCAGCCUUGGCUUCUUUGAAGGAAGUAGUCCCUCAGUGA